CACUUCCUUUCCUGCGCUUUCAACCGCGUGACAGUCGAAGCUGCAAACCAGAGUCCAACAGUGUCACGUAACAGCAUGUUACUCCCACUCGUCGCACCGAUAUUAAGCUGCUAGGCUGUGGCGCACCCUUGAACAAACUGCGCCGAUACUUUGCAGGACAGCGCACCUCCGUUUGCCAGGUGGAUCAAGCAGGAAACUAAGCUCCAGCUCCAACCAUGACCUCAGCGGUGCUCGUCGUGUGCACCUUGCUCUUCCUCGCUUCCAGAAGCGAUGCCGCAGAUGGCGAUGCCGGAAAGGGCAAUACGCAAUGCAACGACAACGACGGCCUCCUGGCGGACAGCAACUGCAUGGUGAUAUGCAACGGAAGUGUGUCUGCGAACAACCGCAAAGCCGCAGAUGGAACGAAGUGCCGGAUUUCUGGAGCCUACCACUCCCAAUUCACAAAUGGGUCAGCAGGAUCAGUGGGCAAUAUGGUCAUUCUUCCUAUCAAGUCUCAGUACAGGGGCCCAGCUCCAAAGAGCACUGAUGAGACAGACAUCAUUGAUGAAGCACUCUAUUAUUUCAAAGCCAAUGUUUUCUUUCGAACAUAUGAAAUAAAGAGUGAAGCUGAUCGCGUGCUGAUAUACUUGACGUUGUACAUCUCCGAGUGCUUGAAGAAACUUCAAAAGUGCUCAAGCAAAAACCAGGGUGUCCAGGACAUGAAGGCACUUGCCAUCUCCAAAUUUGACAUUCCAGGAGAAGCUGGAUUUCCUUUAAAUCCGGUAUACGCAAAGCCUUCAUCUCCAUCUGAAGCAGAGACAAUGAGGGCUUACCUUACACAGCUACGACAAGAGUGUGGGCAACGUCUAUGCGACAAGGUUUUUGAUAGUGAGACUGGGAAGCCAAGCAAGUGGUGGCUGUGCUUUGCCAAGAGGAAAUUCAUGGACAAGAGUCUGUCCGGGUUUGGUCAUGCUUACCAAUGACAGGCGUAACUCCCAUUGUCAGACCUUGUCUAAAUGUGCAUGUAAUAAAGAACACACCACAGAAUGUUGAUUCAGUACGUGA